AUGGCCAGAAAGGAACUGAACAGACUAGGAGUGCUUGGCGCUACCAGUUACGUGGUAGGAUCAGUGAUCGGUUCGGGGAUUUUCGUAUCACCCAAAGGAAUACUUCAGAAUGCCGGCUCAGUGGGAUUGUCACUUAUCAUAUGGGUCCUGGCAGCUCUGCUGGCUAGUUUGACAGCGAUCAACUACAUUGAAUUGGGUACGAGUAUUCCGGAAUCGGGAGCCGAGUUUGCCUACAUUCGUUUCGUUGGAUGGACUCCAAUAGCAUUUUCAUACCUUUGGUUAGCAAGUCUCAUACAAAGUCCUUGUGCUGGAGCGACAUUGGCUCUAACGCUUGGUGAAUAUAUUGUUCAAUCGAUCGCGCCGAUUACAUGCCUCAAUUCUCAUGACAGUAGGAUUGCUGUCACUUUCUUGGCUCAUAGUAUUUUAUGUGAGUUUUUAAUUUAG